CCAAGACGAAGAAAAUAAUCUUCGCGCACCCGAAUUUUCACCAAGUCCAACUCUCCCGGGCCCCGGCCCGCACAGGCACGCUUAGUCAUCACCCGCCGCCGCGCUUUGCCACCGUACCCGCCCUUUCCGCCUCCGCCAAGACACAUUCUUCGACGACGCCGGACGUACAUAACACAUGGCGGCUUACAGCAACGAGAACCCGUUUGCCUCGACGCACUCGCUUGACGCGAACCCGUUCGAUGACCCGGAGGCGCAGCAGGAGGCGGAGCGCCAGGCGAGGCUGCAGGAGCUGAGCGCGCGGGAACGCGACCUCGAGCGCAGGGAGGCCGAGCUCAACCAGAAGGCGGAGCACAUACGCGUUCACGGGAGGAACAAUUGGCCGUUCUUCUACCCCCUCAUCUUCCACUCCAUCAAGGACGAGAUCCCGGAGGCCUCGCAACCGCUCAUCACGCGACUGUACCAGCUCUGGCUCGUCCUCUUCGGCACCCUCAUCAUCAACUUCGUCGCAUGCAUCUUCGUCCUGGUCGCUGGCUCGUCCGACGGGGGAGCGGACCUGGGCGCCAGCAUUGGCUACUGCUUCACGAUCACAAUCUUCUCGUUCUUGCUCUGGUACCGCCCAAUAUACAAUGGGUAUAUGAAGGAGCAGGCUCUGUAUUAUUACAUGUACUUUAUCUUCUGCGGAUUCCACCUGUUGUACAGUGCCUACAUGAUAAUUGGCAUACCCAGCACCGGUUCCGCCGGCCUCGUGCAGACCAUCAAGAUGUACGGCGGCGGGCACAUCGUCGCCGGCAUCCUCGGCACCAUCGCGACCGUCGGCUGGGUGCUGCAGGGCGCGGGGAACGCGUACUAUUAUCGGGAGAUCUGGAUGCACCACAAGGCCGCGGGCCACACGAUGGAGAAGGCGAAGGGCGAGCUCGCAACACACGGCGCAAAGGCAUACUUCACGCGUGGAUGAGCGGCUGC